AUGGCUGCUUCAUUGCAAACUUUAUUUUUGGUCAUGUUUUGUUUGUUGUCACCCUUGAUAGUUAGUGGUGAUCACUUGGAAACGUUGAAUGUUCCAGUGUUGGAAUUUUUAGGUUCUGUGAGGUCUACUACGGACACUGUCCGGCAAGUAAUCUCGACUGUGUCGAAUUUCAGAGGCAAAUUCAUCGAUUUUCGACUCUCUAAUGCCAUUUGUGACUGCAUCAAUCUAUUGGAGCUUUCAUUAGAUGAAUUGAACUGGACUCUGUCGGCUUCUCAGAAUAGAGAUGGUAAAGAAAAUAACAGCCCUGAGAAUCUAAUUGCUGACAUGAGGGCAUGGUUAACUGGAGUAUUGAUAAAUCUAGACACUUGCGUAGAAGGCUUUGAUGACACAAACAGCACUAUCAAGAAUUUAGUUGCCAAUUGCCUCGACCAAAUAACAAAAUUGAUCGAAGAUAUUCUUUCCAUGAUACCAACAUCCCCGAAUCCAGUGUUCAAAGGCGGUCUUUCUCACGGCGCUGGAGGUGGUGGAGGCAGUUCUAAUCACAAGAAGGUUAGAAACAAGAAAAAGUUCCCACAUUGGUUGAAAUCCAAUGAUCGGAAACUCCUUCAAGCCACCAACGGCGCUGUGGCAGACAUGGUGGUGGCUGCCGAUGGCACCGGGAAUUUCACUCGUAUCAUGGAUGCUAUCUCUGCAGUCCCGGACUACAGUACACGAAGACAUGUGAUAUACGUAAAACGAGGUGUAUACGAAGAGUAUGUCAACGUUAGUACUAAUAAACCGAACAUAAUGAUGAUCGGAGAUGGCAUGGAUGUUACAGUUAUUUCUGGUAAUAGGAACUACGCGGACGGUUGGACCACGUACAGUAGUGCAACUUUUGGUGUUUCUGGGCAAGGUUUCAUCGCACGGGACAUGACAUUUGAGAAUACGGCAGGUCCUCUUAAGUCCCAAGCAGUUGCAUUCCUUUCUAAUUCUGAAUGUUCAGUUCUAUACCGCUGUGCCAUAAGGGGAUACCAAGAUACUUUAUUUUCACACUCUUUGCGUCAGUUCUACAGAGAAUGCCAAAUUACUGGCACAGUUGAUUUUAUUUUUGGUAGUGGCACAUCUAUCUUCCAAAAGUGCCAAAUUAUAGCUCGGGAAGGCAUUCCGAGUCAACAGAACGCCAUCACAGCACAUGGGCGUGCGAAUCCGGAUUCUUCCGGCUUUUCCAUCCAAUAUUGUUACAUUUCAGCAGAACCAAACGUCACAAAUCCAACUUACCUUGGUCGUCCUUGGAAAAAAUUUUCACGUACGAUUAUUAUGGAAUCGUAUCUUAGCGAUGCCAUUAGGCCUGAGGGAUGGCUCGAAUGGAAUGGAAGUAUGUACCUUGAUACUCUAUUCUUUGCAGAAUACAGGAACUAUGGACCGGGGGCAGACUUGGGAGGCCGAGUGAAAUGGCACGGUUACCAUAUAAUUAAUGAUUCGGCCCAAGUGAAGCAGUUUACGGUGGCUCAAUUCAUUUCAGGAGGUACAUGGUUGCCUUCCACAGGAGUCAAGUACACGGAUGACUAG